AUGACUACAGUGCGUAUAUUUCUGAAAAUCGCAGCGGCAAAGAAUUGGGAAGUUCAUCAGAUGGAUGUUCAUAAUGCAUUUCUUCACGGUGAUUUGACUGAAGAAAUUUAUAUGACACUUCCACCGGGAUUCAAAGGUUCUAAUGGAAACAAGGUAUGUAAACUUAAGAAGUCUCUUUAUGGUUUAAAACAAGCUCCAAGGUGUUGGUUUGCUAAACUCACAACAGCUCUUAAAGGCUAUGGUUUCGUCCAGUCGAAGACAGAUUAUUCUCUAUUUGUUCUCAAACGUGGUGAGCUUCGGUUAUACAUGAUUGUUUAUGUUGAUGAUCUCCUCAUUGGAGGGAAUGAUAGUGCUGCGAUUCAACGUUUUAAAGGAUACUUGGGACAAUGUUUCCGGAUGAAAGAUUUAGGGCCUCUCAAAUAUUUUCUUGGUAUUGAAGUAGCUCGAUCUUCACACGGCAUUUACUUAUCUCAACGUAAAUAUGCAUGUGAUAUUAUUUCAGAGUGUGGGUUAUUAGGUGGUCGUCCAGUAGCAACUCCGGUUGAGGAAAAUCAUAAUCUCACGGCGGAUGGAAAAGAUUUUUAUGAUGAUCCCGAUGGCUAUCGCAGGUUGGUUGGGCGUCUAGUAUAUUUGACAAUUACUAGACCUGAAUUGUCUUAUAUUGUGAAUGUUUUAGCUCAAUUUAUGCAUCAACCUCAAAAAAAACAUUGGUUUGGAGCUUUGCGGGUUGUAAGAUAUCUUAAAGGUUGUCCAGGAAAAGGGAUUAUGCUUUCCGCUAAGAGUGAUCUUAGUAUUUCAGCCUAUUGUGAUGCUGAUCAUGGAUCAUGUCGACUGACGCAACGGUCCUUAAGUGGUUUUGUGGUGAUGCUUGGUGACUCGCCGGUUAAGUGGAGAACUCAAAAACAGAGAGUGGUGUCUCGUUCUUCAGUGAAGCGGAAUAUCGUUCAAUGGCUGACACAGUGUCUGAACUUAAAUGGGAUCGAGAAUUGCUUUCAUGUUUUGAAAUAUCUCAUGACAAGCCUGUAA